UGUAAACAGACAAGAUGGCGGCGGCGGCUCCGGGCGCUCUGGGCGCCCUGAGAACGGGUCGCGUCCGCCUGGUGGCCGCGUGCUGUGCACGGCUCGGCCCGGUGGCCUGGGCUGGGAGGCCCGCCCCGAGGAGGGGCUACAGCUCCGAGGUGAAGACGGAGGACGAGCUGCGCGUGCGGUACCUGGAGGAGGAGAACCGAGGAAUUGUGGUGCUUGGAAUAAACAGAGCUUAUGGGAAAAAUUCAAUCAGUAAAAAUCUUCUCAAAAUGUUUUCAAAAGCUGUGGAUGCAUUAAAAUCAGAUAAGAAAGUUCGGACCAUUAUAAUCAGGAGUGAAGUCCCCGGGAUAUUCUGUGCUGGUGCUGACCUUAAGGAAAGAGCCAAAAUGCAUUCCAGUGAAGUCGGUCCUUUUGUCUCCAAGAUACGAGCAGUGAUCAAUGACGUUGCUAACCUCCCUGUGCCCACGAUCGCAGCCAUAGACGGACUUGCCCUAGGAGGUGGUCUGGAGCUGGCUCUAGCAUGUGACAUUCGAGUAGCAGCUUCCUCUGCAAAAAUGGGCCUGGUUGAAACAAAGCUGGCAAUCAUUCCUGGUGGAGGAGGGACGCAGAGAUUACCACGUGCCAUCGGGAUGUCCCUGGCCAAGGAACUCAUCUUCUCUGCACGAGUUCUUGAUGGUCAAGAAGCCAAAGCUGUGGGCUUGAUCAGCCACGUGUUAGAGCAGAACCAAGAAGGGGACGCUGCCUAUAGGAAGGCACUGGACCUGGCCAGAGAGUUUCUACCUCAGGGGCCUGUUGCAAUGAGAGUGGCCAAACUAGCAAUUAAUCAAGGGAUGGAGGUCGACUUAGUAACGGGGUUAGCAAUAGAAGAAGCCUGUUAUGCUCAGACCAUCUCAACAAAAGACAGACUGGAAGGUCUUCUUGCUUUUAAAGAGAAAAGGCCCCCUCGCUAUAAAGGAGAGUAGGAGGAGGCAAAGCCAGAGACGCCCUGUAGUGCUGGAAAAGCCCGAGAUGCCGUGUGGUGAUGGAAGCUCUUCGGAUCAGAUCCGUGUCUGGCACGGGGAAUCUCAGUGACCAAAGUGGAGAGUGUGGGUUCUCACUACGCCUGGAGCAGGCCCAUCUGUGCUCAAGCCACUGCGCCAUGUCGUAUUUAUUCAGAUUUAUAAAGCUAGCAGUGUCUGUGGUCAAUACAUUCAAAUUAGGUGUAUGUUUUUAAUAUUUCCCGCAUAUCAGGCUUUCUGUCAUUAAUUUUUUAAUGUGAAUAAUUUAUAUUGCACACUCUAGGGAAUAAUUGAUUGUACAUCUACUUGCUGCAUUAAGAAAAUAAAACUAUUUCUGUAUACCAAAAA